AUGUCGGAUGCAUCACCGUUUCAAGAUGAUCUGGUUCUUCAACGGUCGCCGGGUCGUCCUGCUCCGUCUGCCGUUGUGGUGGUGGCGUCGCUUCCAUCGCUGCCUUUUCUAAGAGUGCAACAAGACGAGCACGAAGCUUCGGCUCCAGUAUCUGCUGCUGUCGCAGAAGAACGAGUACAUAGAUAA